AUGGCAACUUUCAUCCCAAAAUAUGCUUGCAUCACGCUGCUUGAAAAUGAAGGGAUUCCUUCAGUGAAGACAGCAGUUCAUCCCAAUGUUAUUGGCUGUGCAGUAAGCCGGAUUGGAGAAAUGAGGAAAGGAGUGAAGGGAGACAGAUAUAGGAGAGACCCGUAUUUAACAAGUAACUGUUCUGACGAUCUGUUAAUGGUAAAUUCCACACUGAAUAAGGCCCUGAAGGAAGUUCUUUCUGGAGUCGUGGUCAUAACAAGUAAGGACACAGUCCAGCACCAAGGUAUCUCAUUAACAAUGGAAGGAUCAGUAAAUCUGCAGCUCAGUGCCAAAAGUGUGGGUGUGUUCGAAGCUUUCUAUAACUCUGUCAAGCCUAUUCAAAUUAUUAACAGCACUAUUGAAAUGGUAAAACCAGGGAAACUUCCCAGUGGCAAGACAGAAAUUCCGUUUGAAUUUCCAUUGCAUGUGAAGGGGAACAAAGUUCUGUAUGAGACAUAUCAUGGUGUCUUCGUUAAUAUUCAGUAUACCCUACGGUGUGAUAUGCGACGUUCUCUGCUGGCAAAAGACCUAACUAAGACUUGUGAAUUCAUUGUCCACUCACUGUCACAGAAAGGGAAACUGAUGCCAAGCCCAGUAGACUUCACAAUUACUCCUGAAACUUUGCAAAAUGUGAAAGAGAGAGCUUCGCUUCCCAGAUUUCUCAUCAGAGGUCAUCUCGGUUCCACCAACUGCAUCAUUACACAGCCACUAACAGGGGAGCUGGUAGUAGAGAACGCAGAGGCUGCAGUCAGAAGCAUUGAGCUGCAGUUAGUACGUGUGGAAACCUGUGGGUGCGCGGAAGGUUACGCCAGAGAUGCCACAGAGAUACAGAACAUUCAGAUUGCUGAUGGCGACGUCUGCCGGGGCCUGCCCAUUCCUAUAUACAUGGUGUUUCCCAGGCUGUUCACCUGCCCUACCCUGGAAACGACAAACUUCAAAGUUGAGUUUGAAGUUAACAUUGUUGUCCUGCUGCACGAUGACCACCUCAUCACAGAGAACUUCCCCCUGAAGCUCUGCAGGAUGUGAAGUGACAGAGGAGAAUCACUGAAGGAUUUACUGAAAAAGGACAAAAUUCUUCAGAGGCAAAGUGAAAUUUUAU